AUGGAAGUACUUCCAGCAGCUGCACCAAAAGUGACCACUAAAACGAAUUCCACAGCACUUGAAUUCUCAUUGAACGAAAACACUGCGACAUCAACUAUGGGGUUGGAGGCCAGUAACCCAAUCAGCCCACUUACUACUGCAUCUGUGUCUCCAGAAUGCCAGAAAACGCCUAAUCUGACGGCUCGUACGCCACAGUAUCCCAGCUCGCCGAUUCUUCCACCACUGAAUUUGUCCAGUCUGCCAAAUACUCCUACCAGCGGACCCAAUACGGAUUUAUCUCCGUUAAGUAAGCGCCCUUCAAGUGCCGAAAUCCUCCGCUCACCGGGUGAAGGACAAGUAUUUGGGUCUGGUGCACUGCACAUCUCACAACUGGAACCCGGAGAGAGUGCAGUGAAAGAGGCAGAGGAAGUCAACGUUGAGUCCGAUAUUUACCAACAUGGAUCAAGUAACCCACAAAAAUCUAUUGCUUCAGUCAGCAGAGUCGCGGAACCAAGGGACGAUGGAGCUAUCUCCGACUGGGCGCAGGCGUUGCAACAGCUAGCAGCAUUCUGCUACAGCAGCAAAAAGCCAUCUGGUGAUUGUCAACGAAGCUGUGAUGAACCACUUGCCAGUCAAGUCCUACCAGAGCCCAUGAACACAUUUCAAGCCAUGCUGGCUAAUAUGGGCCAGUUGCUUCUCAGUUCUCAGUUUCCCAACCCAUCUUCAAAGUUAUCUAAAGGGGGAUCACAUGACACGAACCCACAAGACUCUCCCUCACAUAAUUCAGUACGACAGUACGAGUCACCAAACCCACUCCAAAUGCCAAAUUUCCCUCCAGCUCCACCUCUUCCAACAAGUUUUGUGAACGGCACGGAACAUAGUACUGCUGAAUUCAAACCGCAGAACGCGGAUUUAAGUAACCCACAGUCGUCUCUGGCUUUGACAGCAUCCUUGUUAGCAAUGAUGGCUGUGCAAAAACCAGAUGGUCAUGGAGUUCACUCGAAUUCUUUCUUGACCACAUCCAUGAUUCCAAACACAUCAUGUUCGAGCACAUUAUCUUCGACAAUGACUCCUAGUUUACAAAGUCUGUUUGCAUCGAACUCGACGCAGUCACUCUUUAAUACCGCAGACUCCGCAUCUACGAAACAACCUGGACCUAACCUCACUGACGGACGUGACCUACUUUAUCAGCUUGGGCAGCACUUGAUGGCAAUGGCCACCUGUUCGACAUCAGUAGAUUGUAUACCCAAGUCAUCCAAUGAAAUGGGGUCGGCUUCCACGUCUGGAGCAAAUAAUUCUGGACUUGGAUUUCCUUCCGGUCAACUUCCUUUUUUAUCCGAUUCAGUGUCCUCUUUCAUCAAUACGAAGAUGUUCCCUACUCCAGCUGCCCCACAGGCCCAGGGACAUAUGUCCUUUCAAGAUGUACCAAUUUCCACCUCGCAAGACAGGCGGACUUCCAACUUCGGUGUUCCUUUGCAAAGUAUGGGGUUUGACAAGAAUAUGCCUCAUCUGUCUACAAGUGGAACGGGACUUAGCGGGAUUUCAAUGCGUGGUAAUCAGAAAUACAGUGCUUAUUAUCAGCAUCAGCGUAAACAAGGUUUUUCACUUGGUGUUACAGGCGAUUUCAAUAACCCGAAUCAAAGCCGACGACAGGCUACCACAAAUCCUUUAUCAAACCCACGUUAUGGUGGCCGAAGAUUCCGUAGUGGUUUUGGUGGUGCCACGCCCAGUAUGGUCGGAAUGGACGCGCGAGGUCUCCAACGUCUGCCUGGUGUGAGGGGUCCGUCUAACGUGGUUGGAGGGCCCAUUUACCCGAAUUUUCGGGGAGGUUCCUACAAACAUUCAUUGACUUCUCCAGGGUUGAUCUCCGGUCAUGUGAAAGCCCAUGGGACAGUAGAAUCGAUGAACCCGUUGGCUACAGCUGGUGCGGCGGUAACGUCAUCUGCAGCGGAUCACGCACCCACGUCCACCCGACUGCGAGACACAGCUUUUCUAUGUAGUUGUGGAAAAGACUUUGAAAGCCUGUAUGUCUUCACUUUGCACAUGAAAGAUACGGGGCACAAACCAAAAAGCGACCAGUCUGAAAGGGAUAUUCCAAAGUUGGUCCGUGGGCAAGACAUGUGGAUCAACAGUGAAACUGAGCAGACACGCGAGAUACUUCGAUGCAUGCGUUGUCAUCAGUCGUUUCGAAAUCUGCCCGAGCUGACAAUGCACAUGAUGAAAACGAAUCACUAUUCGGAAAUAGUUUACAAUGACUCUGGUAGGUUAGUAUUUGUCAACCCAGAUGAACCCCGCCGCGGCUCUGGCACAUCCUCUGGUUCCACAUCGGUUCAUAUGUCCCCAUCGAAGCUUCCUGUAUGUAACAUAAGUGGAAAGCGAAGUUCACGAACCUCAACUUCCGGUCAUACUUCAAUUACUGGCUCCACCUGGUCCAAUGGUUUACAGUCCCCCGACUCGGCUGACAGCAGCUCGACGCUAGACAGACAGGAGAACCCAACCUCUGCUACUGAGAACAACCGAGAGUUGAAUAAACACAAAGAUGCAGGUGAACACGACGCAUCGGAUCCAAAGCAGUGUCAACCGUGGAGAACGCUGAAGCAAGGGAAGAUCCGGAAAAUUGAGGCUAACAAACCUGAAACCGUCGAGGCUUCUGGGCAUAAAAAUUUGGAUGACGCUGGUGCACCUAGUACUUCCUGUCAGAGCCCAACACGCGAAUGUUCCAUUUCUCCAGAACCCCCUGAUCUCAGAAAAGCAGCGGGAUCACCCUCGUCCACUGCUUCAAUGAAAGCAACAGUCCCGGAAAUAUCUGACUGCUCAGUAGAGCUCCAGAGUCAGAAAUUCGAAACCAGUGUGCUUCGCCAAAUUGAAUCUUUUGUUCAGAACAGCCUACAAGGUAAUGCCCGAAGUCUGUCUGUUAAGGUCGAAAACUGCAGUUCCAAUGCAUCUCAGAUAUCUUCACCGCACUCAGUGUCUACUGAAUUCGGCCCCAACGUUUCACUACCUAACAGCUCAGCAUCACAGCUAUCACCAGCCGCAAGAAAACGAACUCAUUCGGAAGCUAACCUAUCUGGGCACUGUUCUCCAGUAUCCAGUUUGACAGAUGAGCUAGAUGUCAAGUUGAAACAUAUACCUUCAACAUCACCUGAUAAGCGUGUUUCAAUGACCUCCCCAAUAUCCACAACGGUCACGAGCAGCAGUGAGUCAUCACACUUGAGUGAGAAUCCCCUUUCGUCCCUGCAGAAGCUAGUUGAUACAACACACAAGCCGGUUCACCCAACGGCUGCGUUUUCCGCUUCAACCUCUUCGACUCUUUUUGUUUCUUGUGGUUCAUCAACACACUCUUCAAAACCGCCAGCUGCUUUGCGUUCCCCUUCUGGUUCAGCAAGUUCGAAUGUACGCACACCUUACACUGCGAGCGGUAAGACACCUCUUUCUAGCGUACUAAAUAGUGCCUCAAGUUUCACGCAACUAGUUUCACCAAGCUCUGAAAAUGACAAUAUCACCCCUGCCUUGUCGGCGCUGUAUGCGUAUGUAGAAAAGUCCUCACCAUGUCAACCAAGAGACAGUGAAUUUGCACACAAUAAAGAGGGUCUAGGUAGACCUCUUCCUUUUCCAGGAGGACCCUGCUCGGAGAACAGAAGUUCACCCCAUAUGGUGAACUCACCUGACAAGGCAAUGAACCCAGCCUUGCAGGCAUUGUAUGCUGCUGCCAUGUCAACUGUUGCCGCGCAGUACCUAAACUCAGCAUCUCCAAAUAAUAUGCGACUUUCUACUUUGCCGGAUCCCUUGAAUUUAUUCAAACAAGCCGCUUCGAACUUGAAGAAGGCUUUUGAGUCAUCUGCAGGAUCAUCUCCACCAUCAAAGACUGAACCCACAAACACGUGGAUGAAAAUGUUGCAAAUGCUUGGUGGAUGCCAAAACGGUCCUAGUUGGAAUGAGCAAACAUACUCAGAAACACCAGAACCUCCAGAAGUCAGUUCACCCACUCACAUUUCUUCAGUUUCCCCAAGGCAGUCUUCCUCAACCCCAAGUGGAGAGAACCGAAUAGGGGUUGAUUUCCUUCCCGGAGGGAAUGACUCUAGGACCAACUCUCCUGGAUCCAACACAGGCAGGGCUACUAAAGUUGAUCCACCGCCAUGUAAAAGUCCGCCGUCUAUGUCUGGCCUUGGAGUGCAAACAAGUGGUUUUCGUUCAAACCUCCCCAACCCUCCAUCUGCUCGGUACCCACCCCCAACAUUGUCUGUCCGUCCACUUGGAGCCACCAAUGGUCCAGGUAGUCUCAUGUCGACAAUGAUUACUAAAAAAGCAAAGUGCCACUUCUGUGGGAAGCCAUUUGCUAACAAGGGACAAGUUCGCCUACAUAUCAGCAAGAAUAAAUGCCCCUGCUUACUACAACAGUCGUGUCAUGUGGCUGCACUGGCCGCGGCUUUUGGAUCAGACUCACGUGUACUAGCCAAUAAUCCUUCAGCUUCCGUUCCUCAUUCACAGACUCCUGGUAAACCCAUCGUUUCCAGCCCACUCAAUACCGAUUCUACCCCACUGUCAACUGGACUACCGUUUACGAAUUUCCCCACACCACACCGCUCGCCUAGUACCAAAGACUCAAUAGAAAUACCAUCUGCAUUGAGCCUACUGAAGGAAAGGUUCCAAAAUUUUGAUCUUAUGCACCAGCGCCAAAAUAACGGAUCUUCAUCUGGACCCAGCAUAUCCGAAACAAACCUGAAUACCAGUCCAUUUCUUUCAGCAUUUACCUCUCUCCCACAUGGUGCCUCGGAAACCGACCGGCUCUUUUCCAAUCAGUUUUUCCCGGCAAUAAGUCAUAAGGCCGGUCAGUGGAACAAUGGAAAUGCAAUGACAAAUCCGGUUCCCACCAGUAAAUUACAAGCAAGCUUUCCCGGAGUUGGCGGCUUAGGUACUACAACGGCUGCUGCAAAUGCGAAUCAUCUGGCUGCCAUGGCUCUGCUUGCUCAAACUCUGGCACAGAUCACGUCAUCCCAACUCGCCAGACCUCCUACUAGUGAGAACACAACCGACACCACGACCAACUUACCAAACCCUGUUUCACUGAACCUUUCACCGAGUAUGAUCGAUCCGAGGAACCCGUUCCACUUUAUGAAUCCUGCAAACUUUAACUUGGACCUACUGUUAAACCAUAUCAACUUUGCCAAACAGUUGAACCACUUUAAUUGGAACGAGCAAUCUCUGGAUGGGAAUCUAACGAAUUCGACCAAUAUGUCAGCGGGGCACUGA